UGUUCAGGUUUGCGUGAAAAAAGUUUUCUUUUCUCCUAAGCCGGCUGGCUACCUUGCCUGUUAAGUUGUUAGUGUAAGAAGUGUGAGUGUACGUUGCGGUCGUCUCGUUUUGUUUACUUUCGAGUCUACUGGGUCUGGUAGGAGCGCGGUUUCAGGUGAUGGCACCAGUCGGCCCCUGACCACCACGAACUAUGCAUAUCCUGGAAGUUGGCGCAGAACAAUUGGAGGACGAUGGCGGGUCGCCGCGCCCCUCAGCUCAAGAUGCUGUCUUCCGCACCGUGCCUAAGGACCAUACCAUCUUCCUCGUUUGGAGAAUAACGGAAUCAAGCACGGAGCUUUUGCCUCGGUCUCAUUACGGAACUUUUUAUGACGGUGAUGCUUACUUGGUGUAUUCUUGCUCGCUACCCGGCCAGCCCGCAGGACCUGAUGUCAUUCGUCGCGAAAUAAAAGAAAAUGGUAAUGGAGAGUAUGCAGAACGCCACGUGCACGCCUGGACCAAUGGCACUGGCGAACGAGGUGGCAUACUGGGCGCGUUGGCGCUACGCCGAGCGUCCCAGUUGCUGGCGCAAGUCGGCACGCCACUCGUACUCCACCGGGAAACUGCCACCAAGGAAUCACCGCGAAUGCUCUCGUACUUCCGCGAUGGCAUCAGAAUCCUUCGUAGCGGUGUCAUGAACGGCGGGCCUCGUUUGUAUCGCGUGCGCGGACACAGGCCAGUGGUGCUGCAGUUGGAGCCGGUGUCGUGGGCUCAACUUUCUUCCGAUGGUGUAUUUGUUCUGGACACAUCUAAUUUAAUCGUGCUGUGGCUGGGUCGCGCUGCUAAUUUGAUCGAGAAGAUAUUUGGAGCAAAGAUCGCCUACCGCAUGGCACGAGGCCCAGAAAAGGGUAUGAUGGUACGUCGGAUUGCCAUUGCACAUGACGGCUAUGAACAAACCUUGCCAACAUCAGACCGUGAACUUUUAAACAAGCUAUUAGAGUUGCGUUCGCGAUCUAUGCGUCCAGCGCCGUCUGUCAUAGAAUCACCUCGACCCUCUCGUCUAUACAAAGUUACACAACCUCCAAGAGUUUCACCGAUCACGAUGCCAUCGCAAAAACCUGCGGCGCGUUUAGAAGAAAUAAAACGUGCACCUCUAUACAGGGAAGAUUUGCGCGAAGACAGCGUAUACAUUAUUGACGGAGGAUCUCGAGGGGUAUGGGCUUGGGUGGGAUCGUCUGCACCAGUUGCAGAAGCUCGUGGGGCAUUAGCUGCAGCGAGAGGACUUGCACGCGCUAAGAGAUUGGCUGGGCCAGUAGCAACGAUGGUUUCAGGACGCGAACCAUUGGAGUUUGCCGCGUUGUUUCAUCUAUGGAGUUGGGCCGAUGCUCGGCGUGACGUCAGAGUUCGCGCAGCCAGAUCCGCUACGACUAAGCUGGACGCUGUCAGCCUUGCUUCCAAUGCGUGGCUAGCUGCAGAAGCACAAGUCCCGGACGACGGGUCAGGUUCGCUGCGCAUGUGGAGAGUACGCGGUGAAGCCGAGGGGGGAGCUCUGCAAGAACUUGAGAAGCCGCAGACGGCUGCCUUCUACGAUCAGGACUGCUAUCUUGCACUGUACACUUACCAUACGCCAACCGGUGAUCAGACCAUACUUUAUUAUUGGAUGGGUGGCUCUUCGCCAAAUGAGCUGAGGAAUUUGGGUGCUAAAGAAGCCAAAGAUCUCUACAUUAAAUUAGGGCGUCUUCCCAUCCAGGCAUGGGUGUACCAAGGCAAGGAACCAGCGCAUUUUCUACAAAUCUUCAAAGGUCGAAUGGUCACUUACAUAGGCACUGCAACAGAAUAUGAUCCGAGUGGCCGCCGUGUGGUACCACCUCCUCGUGCCCUAAUACGAGUGUCGGGACAGUACGCGAGGGAAGCACGCGGCGUGGAAGUAGGUCGCGGUGGGCUGACGCGAGGUGCCUGCUAUGUGUUGCGAGAGGGCGCGCGGGUCUGGGUCUGGUGUGCAGCCUCCGCCACCGGUGACGAGAGGGAAGUCGCCAAGAACAUGGCUGCCGCUGACCACACUCUCGUUAUGCAAGGUAAAGAAAAAUAUGAUUUCUGGACCGCACUGGGCGAACGAAGACCAUUGCUGGUUGCAUCGCCACUCAAAGAGGUGGAACGGCCAUUGCCGCCUCGCCUAUUCUAUGUCGCGCUCGGCGCGGCUGGACAAUAUUCUUUUGAAGAGAUAAUUUCAUUCAGCCAGUACGACCUCGCACCGGAGAUGGCGGCCAUAUUGGACGCGCACGCAGCAGUGUUCGUUUGGCUCGGAGCGCACUGCGGCCCGCGUGCUAAAGACGACGCGCGCGCAAUCGCACAGUCAUACCUCAUGAAUGAUCCAGCCGCACGAGACACCGAGACGCCGAUAAUAGUGAUAAGCCAAAGUCGAGAACCGCCGAACUUCACUGGAUUCUUCCCACACUGGAAACCGACUAUGUGGAAGGGUCACAAAACGUUUAGUGCAAUAGUAAGCGCGUUGGAAGGCAAGGCUAUCGUGCGCGGCAGCAAUAGCGCUCUCCACAACGGCAACACUGAGAACAGCUUUGACCAGCAUGAGAAGUAUCCGCUCUCAGUGCUGAGAGGACCCAAGGAGCACAUGCCACAUGACGUCGACCCUCUCACAAAAGAGCUUUAUCUAACGCACGAUGACUUUGUGUCCACUUUCAACAUGGCCUACAAUGAGUUCCGGUCGUUACCCUCGUGGAAGCAAAAAGAGCUAAAGAAAUCUGUCGGACUAUUUUAAUUGUUGGAAAAUCUAAUUUAAAAUAAUACGAGUGCACAAAUCAAAUUAACGAUAAGAUUAUUUACGCAAUAAUUUAUAAAUUAAUUAAAUGCUUUCUAAAAUGAUUUAUAAGCAUGCAAUGGACAAUAAAUUUAUCAAGUGCGUUUUUUGCACAUAAUAGCUUUUACAAAUAAUUUAUACUCAAUUAUUAAGAUAUCUGUUUUCAUACUAACUAUAAAUCGUUAAAAAAAACUGUAAACUCAAUCCGAAUUUUAGUAGCGAAAGCUAGAUUAGAUUUAUUGAUGAAACUACAUUAAUGUACACAGUUUAAUAAAAUAAAUAAACAUAUACUGAUAAGGUGCCUUUCUUCUUGAUUUGUUGAAAAAGGCAUUAGAUAUUCUUAUUAUAGUCAAAGAGUGAUUUUAUUAAUUUAUGUAUACUUUUGUUUAUAAAUGUUAUUUACUGUAGGAGUAGAAUCGCAUUUGAGGAAAACAUGUUAAACGAAAUAAAACAA